GUCAUACAAUAAACUGCGAAUAUCUUAUCUGGAAGUUUCAAUUGCAGAAACGAAACCGUUGCCGAAUCUCUAUUGGAAUUAUCUGGUGAAAAAUCUGCCAAUGUGUUGAUGUUGGUGAAACAGCUUAAAGAAAGAAACUUUUGACCACUGAAAUACUACGGUUGUAUAAAGGAUUGACUUAAGAAAAACCUGACAGUGUGUUGAUUGUUGUGAAAUAGACGCAAUUAAUAAUGGCGCCCUGUUUUUCAAAAUUAUUCAGCGAGGCAAUGGACUGUCUAGGCUACUCUGAACAAAUGAUUGGAUUUAGAGCGUAUAUUUUGAAGGAGAUUUUCGAUGUUGCCAGUGAACGCUUCACACGUAUUUUACAGACGGAAAUGAUUCCAGCCGGAAGUAAAUCAGAAGGAGUGGUACCAUUUAUGGGGAGUGACUUUGAUACCAUGAUUGUUUCACAAUUCUUAAUUUGUGUGGAUCACGGUCGAUUAGAGAACAAAAUGUUCAUAAUUGUAACAGAUACGAAUGAAUGUCCUCCGGGAUAUACCAAAUUACGACCAUUGGUUCCUGGACAUUGCACAGGCAUACCUUCAAUGCUGAAUUCUGGCUAUUUGGAUUACAUUCCCAGCGCUACUAUUUCCGAAAUGUUCAAAAAUAUGGAUAUCCCAUCUGUGCAUGACGGAUACAAACAAAGAUAUAAAACACUAUCUGGACCUGCUUUGUCCAGCAUAUUGCAAUUUAAUGCAUUAUUUGGCGUAAAGCAAACCGAUGCUUCAUACGACAAUGUCAUUGCCAUACGUUACUAUACUUCUACAAUUUUGCGGGAAUGGGCAGAGCGUAGCAGGCAGUUUGAUUGGCCGCCGCCUGAUGUCAUAGAAGAUGUUUCAACAACAGAAGGCUACAUUGUACCUGUUGGACAUAAGUUCAGCGAAGAACAAAGCCUUGAAUGGAGGAUAUGCUUUACUACUGGGGAACGUAAAUUGGUUUCCAGUUUUAAUUCAACACAACUGAAGUUGUAUGUUGUAUUGAAAAUGGUUGUUAAAGAUAUUCUGAAACCAGUUGUUGACUGUGUCAGCUCCUACAUGGUAAAGAAUAUUGUAUUUUGGGUAAUGGAACAUAAUCCAACGUUUGUCUUCACUCCGUCAAAUCUGACGAAAUGUGUCAUACACGCUUUAUGGUUUUUAUUACACUGUCUACAUAAUAACAAUUUACCAAAUUACAUGAUACCAAACCGAAACCUUUUGCUUGGAAGGAUACAGGGAAAACAAAAAGCGGAACUAAGAGACCUUACACGAGAGCUUUUAAAUGAGGGCGAGACAAUAGUUCUCAAAUGUGAGAAGCUAAAGAAUGCUAUGUAUGUAGCUGAAAGCAGUCGUACCCUGGCUUCAAUGGUCCAGUCAUGGCGAGACGAAAUCGAACAGCUGUAUCUACUUUUCAGCUUAAAAUUGAUACAAAAUUGCACGAGCAAUAUGGUGUGGCGGCGUAGCUUUCUGGCUGAUGCGGUUUUUGAAUACUUCAGAGACGAGUCAUACCUACCAAUUAUAUGCAGACUCCUGUAUCUUUUAUCUUUCAAUAUGUCAACUGGUGGCAAUUUCUUUCAAAACGUGAUGGACGUGUUGCACAAUUUGUUAUCAUAAUGAUUUGAAUUACUCUUGGACAAGAAAUGUAUCAUACAUUGAACUUCACUUACAGCGAACACGGCUAUAUAAAACUAUCUUGAUGCCUUUAUUUAUUCUUUGUCUACAUGAAUUUGCUAUUUUCAGGGCUUACCGUAUAAAACUUGGCUAACCUCGUUCAUUUUAAUUUUUUUAUUGAUCGUAUCUUAACCUUUUCUUAUUGUCUGAAUUUAUUGACCUGUCAAUUACGAAUAAAUCAUAGCACUCAUUUAAAAUUUCCGAUCCCACUUCGGUUCUGUAGAAUCAAUAUGGAGUAUAUUACUUAUGUUUUGAACAGUCAAACUUAAUGUAUUGGUCGUCGUCACAUCCGCAACAGCACAGGCACAGUCGGUUAAGUCAUCGCCAUAUAUAUGAGACGUCUGUGGUUCGAUUCCUAUUGCUGCCAUUGUUUUAAACUUUUUCUUUAUUUCGAGUAUAUUUAAAUGGAAAUCAGAACUUGCAAAUUGUCUACAGGUGCAUGAAAAAACUUUGAAACACUGUUUUGUCUCAUUUUGUAUGGUAUUUUACGGCACAGAAAUGACAUUUUAAUCCAAAUGAAUUUUAAAUAGUAAUUCUUGAACCAUGUUAUUUAAAAAGAGUAUAUACUUUACCAAAAAAGUGCAAAACUUAUA